GGACCGAGCAGCAGGUGGCUGGAGCCCCGGACUCCAGCCCAGGCCCUGGCCUGACUGCUCUGGGACCAAGGGCUCCCAGAGCCAGCGCUGACCCCACUCAGCCCAUCUAGGGAGGGGGUCCAGGGACCCCAAGGAGGAGCAGCUGCCUCCCUGCGGCACCCCAGCCUGCUGCCUCCCUGGCGCCUGCGCCCCACUGGGCCCAGUCCUCUCCCUGCUGUGGCUCUUCCCUUGAGGGGCCUGUGGGGUGCAGCCAGUCUGGUCGGAGCUCUCCCCUGCAGAUGGAGGGGGCCGUCCUGGUCCCCUACGUGCUGGGCCUGCUGCUGCUGCCGCUCCUGGCCGUGCUGCUGCUGGCCCUGUGUGUGCGCUGCCGCAAGUUGCCAGACUCGUAUGACAGCGCGUCCUCAGAUGGUUUGUACCCAAGGAGCAUCCUGAUCAAACCGUCUUACACGCCCGCUCCCUGGCCACCCGCCACCUCCUACCCGCCUGGCACCUCUUACCUACCUCCGAGCCAGCCGGAUCUGGUCCCCAUCCCAAGAUCUCCUCAGCCUCCCGGAGGCUCUCAUCGGAUGCCGUCUUCCCGGCAGGAUUCAGAUGGUGCCAACAGCGUGGCGAGCUACGAGAACGAGGAGCCACCCCGUGAGGACGCGGAUGAGAACGAGGACGAGGACGACUACCACAACAACGAGGGCUACCUGGUGGUGCUUCCUGACAGCACCCCGGCUGCCAGCACUGCUGCAGCUCCCGCGCCCAGCAAGCCCGGCCUCCGAGACAGCGCCUUCUCCAUGGAGUCCAGUGAGGAUUACGUGAACGUCCCUGAGAGCGAGGAGAGCGGGGAAGCAUCUCUGGAUGGCAGCCGGGAGUAUGUGAAUGUGUCCCAGGAGCUGCCGCCAGUGGCCAGGACCGAGCCUGCGAUCCUGAACUCCCAGGAGAUGGAGGAUGAGGAGGAAGAGGGAGCUCCAGAUUAUGAGAAUCUGCAAGAGCUUAACUGAGGCCUGUGUGAGGCCGUGUCUGUCCUGGAACCAGCCUUGCCUGGGAGGGCUGAGCUGGGCAGCUGGAAGUGGCUCUGGGGUGCCCCACUUGGUGCCCUGCCCUGGCUCCAGCCUGACAACAGUUUGAAAAUUUCUCCCCUAACUUAUUGUCACUUUGGGGUGCACUCUGUGUCCCCCCAGCAACUCUGCACCUUCUGACGCAGCCUGAGAAUGAACUACCCUGGCCCCAGCCCUAUUGUAAUAGAAUAAAGGCCGGUGUG